UUUCCAUCCUUCCUGGUCCAGUACAAACAUGGCAACUUCAUUUCUAGUGGACAGCCCAGAUGUGAAGUACACUCAGGAUUUCAUUGAGGCCAAGUACACCUAUGGCACAGUACAGGUCUGCCAGGAGAAUGGUGUCACCAAGGUCAAACCAUUCUCUACUGACGUCACUUUCCGCACAGGCCUGCAGGUCCCCAAGCUGGGUGUGAUGCUUGUUGGCUGGGGGGGAAACAAUGGGUCAACGGUGACUGCUGCUGUUUUGGCCAAUAGGCUGGGUCUCUCCUGGAUGACCAAGAGGGGUCAAAAGCACGCCAACUACUAUGGCUCUCUCUUACAAGCAUCCACAGUAUGUCUGGGGAGUGGUCCCUCCGGAGACGUUUAUGUUCCUUUCCGUGAUAUGCUCCCAAUGGUACAUCCUAAUGACAUAGUCUUUGAUGGCUGGGACAUCUCUUCCAUGAAUUUGGCUGAUGCCAUGCGCAGGGCCCAGGUCUUGGACUGGCCCCUUCAAGAGCAGCUCCGUCCCCACAUGAUAGGCCUGAGGCCCCGGCCUUCCAUCUACAUCCCUGAGUUCAUUGCUGCCAAUCAGGGGGACCGGGCUGACAAUGUUCUGACCGGGAACAAGGCUGAGCAGAUAGCUCAGAUCCGCCACGAUAUCCAGGACUUCAAGAAUUCCAGUGGAGUGGAGAAGGUGAUUGUCCUCUGGACGGCCAACACUGAGCGCUUCUGUGAAAUCCAGCCUGGAGUGAAUGAUACAGCCAGCAAUUUACUCCAAGCUAUUGAGUCUGGCCUGGAGGUCUCUCCUUCUACACUCUUUGCUGUGGCAAGCAUCCUGGAAGGUUGUGCCUACAUCAAUGGCUCUCCCCAAAACACUUUUGUACCUGGAGUUAUUGAACUUGCUAUCCAGCAGGGGGUCUUUAUAGCUGGAGACGAUUUCAAAUCUGGUCAGACAAAGCUCAAGUCGGUCCUGGUGGACUUCCUCAUCAGCUCUGGUAUUAAGCCAGUCUCUAUUGUUAGCUACAACCACUUGGGCAAUAAUGAUGGGAGGAACCUGUCUGCGCCGGCUCAGUUCCGUGCCAAGGAAAUUUCCAAGAGCAGUGUGGUGGACGACAUGGUGCAGUCGAACGCUGUCCUGUACAGGCCAGGGGAACAGCCGGAUCACUGCGUGGUGAUCAAGUAUGUGCCCUACACUGGUGACAGCAAGCGGGCACUAGAUGAAUACACUUCAGAGAUCGCUUUGGGGGGAACCAACACCAUCGUCAUUCACAAUAUGUGCGAGGAUUCAUUACUGGCUGCUCCCAUAAUCUUGGACUUGGUCAUCCUGGCUGAGCUCUGCCAACGGAUCCAAGUGGGCGUAGGAGACGCCAAGCCGGAGCCCCUUCACAGUGUCUUGUCCCUUUUGAGCUUCCUCUGCAAGGCUCCCCUUGUCCCUGAAGGCGCCCCAGUGGUCAACGCCCUCUUCCGCCAACGGGCUGCCAUCGAGAACCUGUUCAGGGCCUGUGUGGGGCUCCCGCCUCAAAACCACAUGCAGCUGGAAUACAAGACCCAGAGACCGUGGGGCUGUGCAAAGCGGGUCCUGUCCACCGUGCCCCCAGCUUGGCCAGCUGCUCCUAAAAAGGCAGCCCCCCACAUGAAUGGCUUUGUGGGUCCCAUCAAAAGCAACAGCCACCCAGACCCCAAUGCCCACAGCUGCUUAGUUGACCUGCAAAAUUAGAAGCUCACAGCCAUGUCCCAUUGCUAGCCAACAUUGCAUGGCAACCAGACCAGACUUAGAACUUGGACUGUCUGCCUCCUUGACCACCCCCACCCUGCUUUUUCUAUUUGGUUACUUAGAUUUUUAUGUAGAAGUAGUGGCAAAGCUGUGUUUUGGGGACAGGCAAUGUACCUUUCUGUGUUCUUAUGUUAUCUGUUAUGAAUGAAAUUUGAUUUGAGUGCUCGAAUGUUUGAAAUAUUAAGAUGUAACUAUAGUCAUCUCCUGAAUCUCUUCAUCUAGCUCAGAAAUUUAGACUGAUUUGGCUAUCCUUUUUUUUAAUUGAGAUUAGAAUAAACACAUUGAAAAAAGAAAGAUGAGAGGGCUUGGUUCCUUUGUGAUACCAACCUCCAACCUUCCAUUGUUGGUUAAGGCUACCGCCUUAACCCUUUUGGGUAUACAGAUCUCCAUGGUUUGCACAGCCUAUAGAAAACUCAUGUGAUACAUCCUGUAAAUGACAAUUAGGAA